CGUAUUCAGCUAAGCUCAACAAGUUUCCCAUCUUUAAUUUUGAUGACAACCUCAAGCACCUGUGUAUCAGUGCUGUGAGCCCCACCACCACCAAGGCCACCCUCUAUGCUCUCAACGUGUGGAGAUACUGGUGCAUGACCAAAGGACUCAGAGAUUACACGGACAUCACUAAGAUCCCAGCAGUGAAGCUCAAUGAACUCCUGGAGGACUUUUACAUCACCGUGAAGAAAACAGAUGGGUCUGACUUUCUAGCCAUGUCUCUCCACACUAUCCAACGAGGCCUGGACCGGAUCCUCAAGAAUGCUGGUGCUGGUUUCUCCAUCACCAGCAGCACGUUCAGCUCUUCCAGCAGAAAGCUCAAGGAGAAGCUUAAGGUCCUGAGCAAGGCUGGGAUGUCUGGUGCCUGCUUUCGCCACGUUGUCUACUUCUCCCUUUCUGACGAGGAAGAGACGGAGGACGGAUGCCUGGGAGAUGACAGCGCCGUAGCCCUGCUGUCCACGGUGGUGAAAUACAACAGCCAGUACCUGAACACGCGAACCUUACAGGACCAUGCGGACUUAAUGUUUGGCAUCAUUGAAUUGCUCAAAGACUCCCAGAACAGGCCGUUUUUUGCCAAAACAGAUAGCGUGAAGCAAGAAAACAGGGUGAAGGCGAACAGAGCGUGUAACGGCCGGAUCUGCCACGAGCACUGAAAAGGGCACAAGCUCUGCCCAUACUGCCUCCUCUACAAGUACAUGUACGUACAUUGGCCCCCACCGCAGAUGGAGGCCAGGUCUUCUUUCUACCUGAUGGUCCGGGAGGAGGUCAGCAGCAUGGGGAACGUCUGGUACGAGGAGCAGAGGAUGGGGCUCCGCUUCCUCAGCGGUGUCGUCCCCAGGCUGGUGAAGAAAGUGAAGCUGGAGCACUGUGAAAAUUCUAUUUUUGUCUCCUUCACUCAGGCUUCCAGGAAGUUCGUUCCCCUUAGCUCUUACCAGUAA